AAUGACUGUAGAACGACAAUCGUGACGCGCCAUUUUUGUUUUGAGCAACCGAAUGUAACCGUUGCCUUACAGAGUGCGCUGUACAGUUUACAUGACGCUGGCUUCACAACAACAUCGCUGAUUGCCAAAGUGGAAUUACAAAAGCAUUUCAGAAAAUCAUGUAACUAAGGCACAAUGCCAGGAGACAAAACAAUAGGUACUAUGCAGCCAGUAAAGCAGCAUGAAGACGGGAAUAUUAAGCCCCUCUCAGAUGCAAGGCAAACACUGGACCCCGCCAUAGAAAUGUAUCAGAAUCUUAGGCUGAAAAUUGAGCAGUCUGAUCCCACGUGGCUUCAAGAGUUCCUUGAACUGGGUGGCUUGGACAGUUUACUUGAAGCCCUUCAGGUGCUGAGUUGUAAGGACUCCCCAAGUCUCAUAGACAGUGUGUUAGAGCUGGACUGUAUGUGCUGUGUAAGAGAACUACUGAACACUCAGCCCGGACUGCAGUAUAUCUCUGGCAGAGAAGAACUAGUCAAGAAAUUGUCAAAUAGUUUGGGAAGCAGUGACAUCCUUGUGAGAAAACAGGUGUUUGAAAUUCUGGCCGUGACAUGUGUCCACUCUCAGAAUGGACACAGGGCAGUCCUUGCUGGCCUGGAGUACUUCAAGACGAUGGCCCAUCAAGCUGACAGACUGAGUAUCAUCAUGACAGAGUUAAAACUGUCAGAAACGGGGCCGUACCGCACAGCAAUUGUUGCCUUUAUCAACUGCUUGCUGAGCUGCACAAAUGAUUUGAUAGAAAGGUGCAGGUUAAGGAAUGAAAUGGCAGGUUUACAGCUGUUGGAUGUUUUGUUUUUCUUGAAGAAAGAAGAAUUAGAUGAAGACUUGUGUAUUCAAAUUGAUGCAUUCUACAGACAGAAGCACAAAGACGAACUGGAACUUCAGAAGACCAACCAUCUCUGCUCUAACUUGGGAAAUGUUCGACAUGUUUUUGACUGCCUUGCAAAUAAGGUGCAUGGAAAGCAGGAAGGAAUCCAUCUUCUACAUGUGUUGCAAGAUCUGCUCUUUCUGUCUUCUCAAAAGUCUGACAGCAACGCUCAGCUGAGAUGGCAGACAAUGGCACAAACUGUUCACAGACUAACAUUCUGUAACAAGAAUGAGCUGCAUGAGGCUGUUGACCAUAUCUCAUCAAAAGAACUCUCAGAAUCUCACACGGCUCUCUUCAUCAAUAACAAUACACCUUGCACUAUAAAAGUGGUCCAGAACCAAGAGGUGGAAAAAGAAAAUUUGCUGCACAGUGAAGGUCAAGGUCAGAUAAAAGGUCAAGGACAAUCAGUGAAUGCCAUUCAGACAGAAGAAAAUGAGUCUCCAAAGAAAAAGCUGGAGUGUAUGGUGCCAGAUGAGGGCACUGUAAAGAGUGGUGACUUUAUUAGGGAGACACCGACUGUGCUUAUGAAGACUCUUAACUGGGUCCAAGUACCUGAAGACAAUUUGUAUAAUAAUUCAGUGUGGACGCAAACCAAACCAGUUUGUGAUUCUGUGCCACUUGCUGAUGGUGCUGAACUGGAGGAGCUCUUCAAAGAUGAUGCAGAAUUGCAGGAGGUGUCGCUGUUAUCGUCCCCUCAGAGUCUUCGUAUCAACCUGUUCUUACACGCGUUAGACAUGGAACCAGAUUGUUUUGUGGCACAACUUGCUGAAGGAAAGAGCCCUGGAGUCAAAGUGGACCUGCUGCGUUUUCUGUAUCAAGCCUUGCCAGAAGAGGAAGAGGUGAAAACAUUACAGAUGUAUGCAGGCAAGCUACCCUCUGGGAAAAAACUCUCCAAAGCAGACCAGUUCGUUGUCCAUCUAGCCACUGACAUUCCUGACUACCGACUCUUGCUGCACUCCCUGCUUUUCAUAGCGGAAUACCCAUCAAAAUUUGAAAAGCUGAAGCAUGUGCUUGUUGCUAUGGUUACGUCUUGUAAAACUUUGAUGCAGGGGGAUGGACUCCGAUGCAUUCUUAGAAGAAUUUUGGACAUUGGGAACUUCAUGAACCAUGGCAAUGCACUUGGUCAGUGUAAAGGUUUCCAGGUGUCCAGCCUGUCUAAACUGGGCACCGUACGUUCCAGUGAACCAUGUUAUACCUUGCUCCACCAUGUGGUCAAACUAACCCCCGAGGAAGAACUGACCAAACUGCUGGACAGACUGCCACUUCUUCAAGCAGCAGCUAGCAUGCCUCUGGCAGAAGUGAGAACCCAGUUUAACAGCUUGAACAAUGAGCUGACCUCUCUCUUACCGCAGCUGUCUUCAUCAUCUCCAUUGCUACAGCAAAGAUUUGAACCCUUCCUUGUGAGUGUGCGCCAGCAGUUUGGUCAGCUUCAGAGGAGUGUGAUAGAACUGAAGAUCCUGGGCUCCCAGCUGGCAGAGUACCUGUGUGAAAACCCCAGCAUCUUUGACCUCCAUGUCUGCUUCAAACACCUGCAGCAGUUUUCUGGCAGCGUCAAGAGGUGUAUGUUGGAUAAUGAGCAGAACAGUGGUAUCAAAGCCAUGGCUGAGAAGAGACAGGCACAGCUGAAGGAGAAAACCAUGACCAGGAGACUGGCCAAAACCCUGGGGACCAAGAAUGAUGCCAACUCAACAGUAAUAGAUAAUGGAUCUGGCUACGGUGGAGUCCUAGACUUUCUACUGCUGGAGAUUCACCAGGGAAACUUUCACCCGAAAUUGAGGACCCUGCACUGUGUUCUCUCACCAGUUGCCUCGCCCAUCAUGGCUGACAACACAUUGAUGAUCAGUGAGAUUGCCAAGACGGAGAAUGAAUCUAGGCGGAAGAGAUUUGAGGACCUAUCAGUCAGAGGCAUUGACAAAGAAGUAUUGACCUUCCAAAAUGACAUCACUCUGGUGCCUCCACCCAAGCCAGCCAGGUCCAAGGUGAGUGAAGCAGACUGUCUCUAUGACGUCAGAACCUCCAGUAGGCGCCAUAGCUUCAGCGACGUUCAGCUCGAUGUGUCAGCCAUUGAUGGAAAACGUCUCAGUCGGAUAGAACUUCACCUUGGCGGAGAUGAAUUUUGCCCUAGCUUCCCAGAAAGUGCAAGCAUCCUUGCCCCAUUGAAUUUGGAAUGCCCUAAGUCAAGCAGCCCAUUUGGUAAAUGCCACAUCCCAGAGCAAAUGGAGGAAGAGCCAGUUGAAAAGCCUAACAAAAGGAGGUCAUCAUUUGGGAUUCUGGGAAAGCUCUAUGGUGCCAUGAAGAAGACGAAGCAGAGUAGUCAGGCGAAAAGUGGGGAAGGAAAGACCAAUCAAAAGAAGGGAAAAUCUUCGAAGAGUCCAGAAGACCAAAACGUAGGAGCGUUCUCCAGACUUCCACAGAGACGAUCUGGAAGAUUCACCAAAAACAAUUCUGCAGAGAGAGCAGCAGUCACUGAAUCCAUGAAAAGCCCACUUCAGGUCUUAAGGAAGCAGGGCUACAGUGGGAAGAUAAGAGAAGGGGCUGUCUUGAGUAACCCUAAUGUGGUGCCCCCUGGUAUGGUGAUCAAGCGAGGCUACAGAGCAAGCGUGGACAGUAGCGCUGAAAGCGAGAGGAACAUGGGUCUCAAACAGAGAGACGUUAAUGCAGGUGCAGCUCCCCAACAGCCACAGCCAAGGAGACAGCUAUUAAAACCUGGAGAAAUACACUUCAACCCAAGAUCACAGCAAGACAUUAAGAAGCAGGUGGUGGGAGUCCAGCAUAAAGGAAAGGAAAAUACCGAGAUGGGUACCAAUCCAGCCAUUAGUGCUAGCAUAGUGGAAAAGAGAUAUGCACUGAGGGCAUAUCAGAGGUUUAGAGCAGAGCGAGCAGAUGCCCAGUAAC